AUGCAGUUCAUUUUCCUGGGUCAAAAGUGGAUUGGUUUGAGAACAAUAAUUAUGAGGCUGACGUGUAUGUUCUCCUUCAUCUUGCUGUUUGGAGCAGCGGGACUUGUCGUCUUCAUUCAUCUGCAGGAUCCAGAAGACAUAGUUCAUCAGCAGACACCAGGGAUAAAAUAUAACAUGGGACCCCAACAACCCAAAAAACAGGACUGCACUUCUAGCAACAAUCAUGACGUAAGAAUAAGAAAAAAUUCUGCAGAGGAAUUAGCAAUGGGAAACCAGAGAAGUUCAUUAUACUCACCUGUGAAUGCACCUACUAAGCUUCAAAGUACAGACAGAAAACAAAAUAUAAUGUUUGUGAUGAAAGACCAUCAAAAAAAAGAUGCAGAAGUUAAUCCUAUCGGGCUCCACAAACGGCGAAGGAGAUUUAUCAUUAAGAAGAGCCCUAUACUGAUUGCUAUGAACAGUUCUUCUCUCAACCUGCCUAUGCUUAAAUCUGAGGACAGAAACAACAACAACUGGAAAAGUCUUUAUCAGAUCCAAAGAGAAAGAAAGAGAAUAAUGAGAGAUACUUGUUCCAAAUACAAGAGUAAUAACAGAAGGAUAAUCACUCCUUAUCAUGUUUCCAGAAUAUUUGUAGAAGAUAAAUACAGAAUUCUAUACUGUGAAGUUCCAAAAGCUGGCUGUUCUAACUGGAAACGAGUGCUCAUGGUUCUCAAUGGGUUGGCUUCCUCCACAAAAGAUAUACAGCACAACACAGUGCAUUAUGGAAAUUAUUUAAAAAGGUUGGAUGGGUUUGAUCGCAAAGGGAUUUAUCACAGGCUCAACACUUACACCAAGAUGCUUUUCAUUCGCGAACCCUUUGAAAAGUUGGUAUCCGCAUUUCGGGACAAGUUUGAGCAUCCGAACAAUUACUACCACCCUGUUUUUGGAAAAGCUAUUAUUUCGAGAUACCGUGUCAAUGCCUCCAAAGAAGCAUUAAGGACAGGUUCCGGAGUCAAAUUUAAAGAGUUCAUUCAAUAUCUUCUAGAUGUACAUAGACCAGUGGGCAUGGACAUUCACUGGGAUCAUGUCAACAGGCUUUGCAGCCCAUGUUUAAUAGACUAUGACUUUGUAGGGAAAUUUGAAAGCAUGGAAGAAGAUGCAAAUUUUUUCCUGCAUUUAAUUGGUGCUCCACAAAAUUUAACUUUCCCUAGGUUUAAAGACAGACAUUCCAAUGAAGAACGAACCACCACUAAAAUUACACAGAGCUAUUUUGCACAGCUUUCCCCUGCUCAAAGACAACACAGUUAUGAUUUUUAUUAUAUGGAUUAUUUGAUGUUUAACUAUUCAAAACCUUUUGAAGAUUUGUAUUAG